AGGGUUAGCAAGCUCAGCAGCUUACUCAAACACACACACUGGAUCGCCUUAUAUAGUUCCCACACCAACCCCUCCCACACAAUAAGAACCCUCCUCGCUCUUCACUUAGCUACUUCUAUCCUUUUCUAUCUGUAGCCCUUUCUCCUUCAUUAACAUACUUGUUCUCUCUCUCUCUCUCUCUCUCUCUCUCUCUCUCUCUCUUAGUGUUACUGAGAGACAGCUAAUGAAAUGAAGUGUGUAUGAAGGAAAAGCUUUGGUUAAAAUUGUUGCCUCUGUUUUGACUCUCUCUCUCUCUCUCUCUCUCUCUCUCUCGCUCUCUGAUCUGAGUUUGGUUAGUUUUGUUUGAUGGGUCACAACUCUCUGCAAGUUUGCAUGGAUUCAUCUGACUGGCUACAGGGAACGAUUCACGAGGACUCCCCGAUGGACUCAUCCUCACCGUUAUCCGGCGACAUGUUAACGUGCUCGAGGCCGUUGAUAGAGCGGAGGCUGAGGCCCCAGCACGACCAAGCCCUCAAGUGCCCUAGGUGCGAGUCCACCCACACCAAGUUUUGCUACUACAACAACUACAGCCUCUCCCAACCUAGGUACUUUUGCAAGACCUGCAGAAGGUACUGGACCAAAGGUGGAACCCUCAGAAACAUCCCCGUGGGCGGCGGGUGUAGAAAGAACAAGAAAGUUUCUUCCAAGAAACCCAAUGAUCAGAACCCUUCAUCGCUGAUGAACCAAAACUACCACCCCGGAUCCUCCUCGUCAUCGAUAUCUCACACCCCAACUGAUCUCCACCUUUCAUUUCCUGAUCAGAUGCAGUAUUCACACCUCAAUAACUUGAUGCUUGGGAGUACUAUGAACCCUAGUAGCUUCAUGGACAACAGUAACCCUAGGCCUAUUGAUUUCAUGGAGAGCAAGUUGGAGGCUAUCGUGGGGAAUGCCAGGAACUAUGAUUUCAUGGGGAAUGGUUCUGAUUUGGGUAUGAUGGGUGGGUUUGGAAAUAAUAUGGGUGGAGUUAGUCAUGGAUUAGAUCAUCAGUCAAGCUUUCAUCACCAUGGCCUGUGCUCAUCUCCAUUUGGGAUGUCAUCACUUGAUGGGCAGAAUGGUAAUUUCAUGGACAGUUGCCAGAGGCUAAUGUUGCCAUAUGAUGAAGCAAAUCAUGAGGAUCAUCAUCAGAUUAAUGCAAUGGAUGUGAAGCCAAACACAAAGCUCUUGUCACUUGAGUGGCAAGACCAAGGCUGCUCUGACCAUGGAAAGGAGUCAUUUGGGUACCUCAAUGGUCUAGGAUCAUGGACCAAUGUCAUGAACAAUUAUGGUCCCUCCACAACCAACCCUUUAGUUUAAUUAAACUAAUUAGGUGCGAUUAGUGACUUCAGUUAAUUUUAAUCAUCUGCAUUUAGAUCAGUAGGUUAUUCAACUACUACCACUACUACUGCAUGCAUUGCCAGUUCUCUAAGUAUGUGCAUGUAUGUGAUGGGUCGACAUCACAUACAUAUAGGUGCCAAAUGACCAUGUUGUCGAUUCUUAGAUAUUGUAUGUCAUUUGCGAGGAAAGCGGUUUAAAUUCUUUCUGUUUUUUGGGGGGGGAUGGGGGUGUUAUGUACGAAGGUGGAAUUGCUUUCAUCUUUAUUGACUCAACAAGGUGUGUGUGAAUGGGAGCAAGGAGAGUCCAAAAAUGAGUACUGCCUUUGGCUAUUGGUUUUGUUGUACUAUUAUUUUUCUUUUUGUUUCUUUCUUUUUGGUCUUUUAGUCUUUCUUCGAAUUUGUUGUACUCAUUGGCUGCAAGUGCAAAAGAAUUCAAAGGUUUAGGAUUUUGUUGUAAUACCGAGGAAGAUAUAGUCGUGGCUCUUUUUGGUCUAUAAGAUUUAAUUAAAUAUAUUAUGUGUUAUUUAGUA